CUUGAGCCCUCCCUGAGCCGGUCCCCGCGCGUCUCCCAUUUCGUUUGGUUUUGCCUCCUACGCUCGGAACUGACCUCGCUGUGUAGUGCGACCCCCGCGCAAGUCACAGGUCGCACCCACCGUCCGCCUCGCCUUUACUUAUUGAGCUCGGCGGGCAACACGCCAAGCGAACGACCAGCACAGCAGCGCAGAGCACCGAGCCGAGCACAGCAGUUGGUUUGGUGGUUCGCCUUUACUACCGCCCGCCCAAACCCCAGCAGGAUUAAUUGCCUCCUCCUGCCUCGCUCGCUCUGGCUUCGGAUGACGCUCUGCUGCGCCUGCCUGCCAUAAGUGAUGCGCGCUCCACGGUGACCGACCCACCGACGACGCAGCUGCGCGCCACCGUCUGCGACGUGCGGCGAGAUGGGCGAGAGGAGGAGGCGUGCGAGUGGUGCUGUCGCCCGCGGUGGCGGCGGAGAUGGUGGCCGGGCUGAGGAGGAGAAGGCUGCGCCGCCGCCGACGGUGUGGUUCGCGCUGAAGAAGUCGCUGCACUGCCGAUCCGAGCCGUCGGAGGUGCACGUGCCGAGGCCCAAGGCCGGCCCCGGAGGCGCCAGCGCCGGAGCAGGCGUUGGCGGGCACCUGUCGUCCAUAGUGACGAAGCGGGCCGCGCGGUCGGGGUGCUCGCGGUCGAUAGCCAACCUGCGGAACGUCAUCCACGGGAGCAAGCGCCACCCGGGGCAGCCGCCCAGCUGCAGCCCGCGGUCCAUCGGCAGCAGCGAGUUACUCAACCCCAUCGCCCACGAGGUGGUGCUCAGCACCAACUCCCGCUGCGAGCUCAAGAUCACCGGCUGCGGCGGCUGCCGCGGUUUCGGGGCGGUGGGAGCCGCGCACAACGCAGAGGGGGGCGGCGGCGUGGUGUCGUCGUUCGUGGGCACGCUCCGGCCGGGCACGCCGGGCCCCGCGUGGGCCGGGCACGGGCUGCAGUACAGCGGCUCGUGUCGGGGCAGCGCGCGGUGCACGCCGCCGAGGUCCCCGAACGUGCUGCUAGAGAGUAACGGCCCCGUGGUGUCGGCCCACCGCACGUCCUGCGAGGAAACCGCCAAGAUGGGCAGCGGCGGUGGCGGCAAGGGCUCCGGCGGGCUGAGCUGCUACAGAUGCGGCGAGCAGUUCGGCAAGUGGGAGGCGCUGGAGGCGCAUCACCUCUCCAAGCAUGCAGUGACGGAGCUGGUGGAAGGGGACUCGUCACGGAAGAUCGUGGAGAUCAUCUGCCGGACGAGCCUGCUCAAGUCGGAGAGCAGCUGCGUGCGGAUCGAGCGGGUGUUCAAGGUGCACAACACGCAGCGGACGCUGUCCCGCUUCGAGGAGUACCGCGAGGCGGUGAAACUCAAGGCCAGCAAGCUGCCCAAGAAGCACCCACGCUGCAUCGCCGACGGCAACGAGCUGCUGCGCUUCCACGGCGCCGCGCUCUCGUGCGCGCUCGGCGCCGGUUCUAGCGGCUCCUCGUCCUCCAGCCUAUGCGCCUCCGACAAGUGCGCUGUGUGCCGCAUCAUCCGCCACGGCUUCUUCACCAAGAAGGAGGGCAAGGCCGGCGUGGGCGUCUUCACCACUUCCACCAGCGGCCGCGCGUUCGAGUCCAUCGAGGCGUCGUGCGACGACGACCCGGCCACGCCCACGCGCAAGGCGCUGCUAGUGUGCAGGGUCAUCGCCGGCAGGGUGCACAAGCCGCUAGACAACCUCAAGGAGUUCGUCGGGCAGACGGGCUUCGACUCGCUCGCCGGCAAGGUCGGGCCCUACUCCAACAUCGAGGAGCUGUACCUGCUUAACCCGAGGGCGCUGCUCCCGUGCUUCGUGGUCAUCUGCAAAGCCUUAGUCUAGAGACACCCGCUAAUUGUUACGUACUAUCUUCGUUUUC